UUACCGCCUUCUCUCCCAAACAUUUUAUCUCUCUCACACAACACAACAGAUUGAAAAUAUCUCAGAACUCUUUUUAGUUUAAAUAUUCUCCGGCGGCUUUGAACUUAUGUGAAGGAGGAGGAGCCUCCAGAAAAACAUACAAUUUCUCAGUUUUCCGGCGGUGGAGGAACACGAAGCCACUGGUUUUACUUUCAGCUGGUAGAUGGUAGUUAGAGAAACAGCGAUGAUGCCUGAGCGAGAAGUAGAAUCAUCGACGGCACAAACAAGACAUAAUGGAGGAAGUGGAGGAGAGAAUCAUCCGUUUUCUUCAUUGGGAAGACAAUCCUCGAUCUACUCAUUGACCCUCGACGAGUUCCAACACGCUCUCUGUGAGAACGGCAAGAACUUCGGGUCAAUGAACAUGGACGAGUUUCUCGUCUCUAUUUGGAACGCAGAAGAGAACAACAACAAUCAGCAAGCAGCAGCCGCAGCUUCUAACCCUGUUCCGCCCAAUCACAACGGUUUCAACAACAGCAACAACAACAAUGGUGGAGCCGAGAGUAACGUCUUUGGUGGUGGUGGUUCUUCAGGUAACCAAGGGGCUAAUAAGAGAUCAGUGAUAGCAAAGGAACCAAGUCUUGCACGACAAGGCUCGUUGACACUUCCAGCUCCGCUUUGUAGAAAGACUGUUGAUGAGGUUUGGUCUGAGAUACAUAGAGGAGGUGGUGGUGGAGACAGAAGUGGACGUACCAGUAGUAGUAAUGGUCAAGACAAUGCUCAAAACGGCGGUGAGAUCGCGGCUAGACAACCAACUUUUGGGGAGAUGACGCUUGAAGAUUUCUUGGUCAAGGCAGGUGUGGUUAGAGAACAUCCCACUAACCCUAACCCUAACCCUAACCCAAACCCAAACUCAAACCAAAACCAAUCUAGUGUUAUACCCGCAGCUACGCAGCAGCAGCUCUAUGGUGUGUUUCAAGGAACCGGUGAUCCUACUUUCCCCGGUCAGGCCAUGAGUGUAGGUGACCCUUCAGGUUAUGGUAAAAGGACAGGAGGAGGAGGAGGGUACCAGCAGGCACCACCAGGUGUUUGCUAUGGAGGUGGUGGUGGUGGGUUUGGAGGUGGUGGGCAACAAAUGGGGAUGGUGGGACCGUUAAGCCCUGUUUCAUCAGACGGGUUAGGACAUGGACAAGUGGAUAACAUAGGAAGUCAGUAUGGAGUGGAUAUGGGAGGGUUAAGGGGAAGGAAAAGAGUAGUGGAUGGUCCAGUGGAGAAAGUAGUGGAAAGAAGGCAGAGGCGGAUGAUCAAGAACCGUGAGUCUGCUGCAAGGUCUAGAGCAAGAAAGCAGGCGUAUACAGUGGAAUUAGAAGCGGAAUUGAACCAGUUGAAAGAAGAGAAUGCGCAGCUAAAACAUGCAUUGGGGGAGUUGGAGAGAAAGAGGAAGCAACAGUAUUUUGAGAGUUUGAAGACAAGAGCACAACCGAAGUUGCCGAAGGCGAGCGGGAGAUUGCGGACAUUGAUGAGGAACCCGAGUUGUCCGCUCUGAACAAGCAAUGAGUAGAAGAUGAAGAAGUAAGGAAGUUUAUACGUCGGAGACAAAAAGAGGAAAAAAAAAACUGAUGAUUUCUAUGGUGUUGGUAGGUUGGUUUUGUUUUGUCAUGAGGAAAAGAGAUCACACAAAUCUUUUUUUACUUGGAUGUUUUCUGUGUUGGUAGGAGGAGGAACACAAUCUGAUCUUCUUUUACUUCUGUUCCUUGUCAACAAGAAAGUGAUCCUCUGUUUCAACAUCAUGUAUCUUUAGUGGAUAUAACAAAUGUUCUGUCACUAAAUUUAGUUUUACCAUCUUCGCACG